AUGUCAACAAGGAAGUAUGCAUCAGGUAGUGAAAAAAGGAAAAAGAGGAAGCGAGUAGAUGAAUUGAUAGAAUCGCAAAGAGGAGCUAUGGACAAAUUUUUUUCAAACAGAACAAGUACAGGCACGUCCAGAAACCCAGAUGAGUUGGCGCUUAUUGUUGUGGAGGAGCAAACUAAUCCUAAUUUAGAAGACGAGGUCCCGAUGCAGGAUAAUGAUGACAACUAUGUAAGUGAUCAUGACCAGCCUGCUACAGAACCUGCUAGUAGUCAUGAACAAUUUGUUUAUACCACGGAUAUUUAUGAUCCAAGAAAUUGGAAUAGUCUUGAUAACAAAGCUAGAGACAUAUUAGUGGAAAAGGGUCCUAUUAGAGAAGAAAAUAUUGUGUUCCCCAAGGAUGGCAACGCAAGACAUUUUUCAUAUGCCCACUACUCUAGGAAAAUGAAAAAUGGAGAGGUGCGUGACAGAAAAUGGUUAGUUUAUUCCAAGCAUGUUGAUAAAGUGUUCUGUUUUUGCUGUAAGAUUUUCAACUCAAGAAGUUGCAAAAGUUCUUUGGCACAUGAUGGGUUUGGAGAUUGGAAGCAUAUCAUUGACAGACUGAAAGAUCAUGAAACUAGUGUGGAGCAUAUCACCAAUAUGAAUACUUGGAAUGAACUGAGAGCUAGAAUGGGCAAAGAUGAAACAAUUGACAAAGAGAUACAAAAAGAAAUCAAGAGGGAGCAAGAACGCAUAAGGCAAGUUUUAUUAAGACUAGUUGCCAUUGUGAAGUUUCUUGGUAAACGCAGCUUGGCUUUUAGAGGAUCUAAUGAGCAGCUUUAUAAUGAUCAAAAUGGUAAUUUCUACGCUUGUGUUGAGAUGAUUGCAGAAUUUGAUCCUGUCAUUAGGGGUAAGCGUGUGCCAGUGAAGGGAACUUUCUAUUCCGGCAACAAAGAUAUUAAAAGUACUAGUUGGGUCAUCUGCAUAUUCAUGCCCACGCUCAAUAAAUACUGUGAUCUUGGAUACGCCAAGGUCGAAGUUGUCCAAGGUUGGGGCGGGGAUUACUUUGCUACAUUUCAAAUGAUGGGUGUCCUGAGAGUCGGUCCCUUUUAUGAGAUUUAUAUAUUUGCCGACAAGGACAAGAAAGGGAAAGGGAAAGGGAAAGGGAAAGAGAAAGAGAAAGAGAAGGUUGAAGGCAAAGAAUUUGGAGCAUGUUCUUGA